UUUUAACGCACUGACGUGGACAACCCGAACACCUCACCCUGCAUGGAUUCUGUAUCCCCUUCUUGCGCCUGACCGUUAAAGAACUUUUUGAUACUUGCAACUUUCGUACAGCGACUGUGAGUAUGAAGGAGAUAGCUGUGCUCAUCUUCAGUCUACAGCUGUUGAUGCCAAGUCACUCGAAAAUUGGAUUCAUCAAGGAUCAGAAGGAAAACCUCGUUUUCCCGCCAAAAGUCACCAAGAUCAAAGGACUUCCGGAUGGACAUCUCGGCCCUCUAGGUGCCCAGUGUCCGCCGACGGGUCCGGUGGAGGAACUGGAGGGGUUUCCCAACAUCCGAGUGUUCUAUAACGGGUAUGCUAAGACCGGCCAGCCAGUUGUGUUCAGACAGGCCCUGGAAGGGGCAUCAGUGUUGACGCGCUGGAGCGAGGACGAAUACUUAAAUAACAAUUUUGGAAAAAUGAAUGUGUCGGUGACGAUGAGAAGACAACUGUUCCGCCAAGAGAAGGUAAUCCGGAACGUGCAGGUGAUGCAGCUGAAGAAGUUCCUGUACGAAUACAUGUACGAGGACUGGUACCUGUCGAGCACUAUACCAGCACAAAUCAUGGCAGAGUUACCGUUGCCGCCCAUCCUUAGUUGUGGAACUCUGAGCCAGUACCUGCAGGAGGCUGAACUGUGGAUGAGCAGUGGGGGGACGUCCUCUAAACUGCACAGCCAUCUCGAUCAUAACCUGCACUGUGUCCUCUUUGGUCGUCGAGAUUUUGUCGUCAUUGAAAACAAGUACAAACGCAAUUUCGAUUUCCAAGAGGCAUUUCCGAACGCUGGCGAGGGGUCGUCGCCGAUGGACAUGGACGUCAUCAACGCCUACAGGUACAACAAGCUGAGUGCCACGCCGUGGACGUGGUCCACGCUUCGUCAGGGCGACUGCAUUCUCAUACCGGCAGGCUAUCUACAUCACGUUCGCGCUAUAGGUCGGAGUAUCUCAUUCACGGUUCUGUUCACCCCACUGGAGGAUAUCGACUUUUCUGACUGUAAACAAACAGAAGAAAAAGAAAAACCUCUUACACUGGCGGACGCCAAUUUCACGUGGGCGUUCAAAAACGGCGUUCGGCAUCUGUCGGACAAGAAACUGAACGCCGAGUCUAUGCGCCACCACUUGAUUUCUGUUAUCAGAGAUAAAGCCAAGAUACACUUUAAGAGAUUUGAGAAGUUCUACAACGAAAGUAUGGCCAUCAGUAAAAACCCUCGCCCUGCGUGGGGCGUCUUUCAGAUUCUCAAGGCGAAGUUGUCUGCCGUUGAGGACUAUGGCGAUGAUGAAGAGGAGGACGAGGAUGAAGGGUUCGACGAGUACAGCCGGAAGCGGAGACACGACGUCGGCGAGUACGAACUGAGCCGAGCGCAGAUCAGCAUGAUGAGCAACGAACAACUACAACGAGUGGCGGACAUUUUUAAUGAGGCGCAUCAACCCGAAUCAAAACUGCCGGAACGAGACGAACUGUAACUAAUGCACCUGAUACCAGUCGUGCGAUUCAUAAUCCAAACAUGUAUAGUCUCGACUGUCCCAGACGUGUUGAAAUAAGUCUGAGAGCACACUCCAAAAAAAAGGGUCCAUUUUGAUCAGAUGAUAUGUUCAGAAGGGAGAGAACUCGCGGGUGCUCGCUAGACUGGUGUUUGAACGUAAAAGUAAACAAAAUUGAUAGGAUAGAACACGACUGUACCAGUCAACGUGUUCGCGAGCGCUCUUCCUCCAGAACAAGUCAUGUCGAAAUAAAGAUUGGUAAACACGUCUGCACAUGGUGACAUGCUAAUUGUAAUUUUCAAUUCACUCGUUUACGAGCAAAUAGAAAAUGGCAAUUAACAUGUCACCGCAGGUAUUCCAUAGUAUUAGUGGUGUUUUUUGGACUGUGCUCUCAGUGUGUUAAGUUGAUUGCGACUAUCUAAAGAUGAUGAACUGGAAAACAUCUUGGAUCGAUGGUGUCGUUCAUUUCAUUCUCAUCCAUAGUGUCAUAGUCACCUCACAGUCACACCUCUACAGGCAUGGCGGACGUAAGUACACAUUGGGAGGUGGGGCUGACAGAGCGAGGGCGCAAAACAAAGUUUCUAGGGGGGUUCGGGGUAUGCUCUCCCAUAAAAUGUUGAAAACUGGAUGUCCUGAAAUGCAAUUUCCUGCAUUCUAUAAGUAAAAUUCAUAUCUGCCUUAAAGCCGCACACCCUAGUUCCAUCCAGCGAAAAUAAAUUAUAAUUUGGUUAAU